AAUGGUAAGAAGUUUUUUUUUUUUUUUAGUCCUGCCAAUGAUCCAUCACUGUGAGAGAAAUUAUUGUAUACCUUAUACUUUGGCAACUGAAGAAUGAAGCUUGGCAUGCUAUAUUUUGAUACAACCAGCAUCCUGGUUACAUCUGUGUUUUUACUAUGUGUCCCAGAUUGUCUGGGGCAGGACUAUCCCUUCAUGAAUCCAUCACUGCCAUGGGAUACACGAGUAAAGGAUUUGAUCAACAGGCUUAGCCUUGAUGAGAUGGUACUUCAGAUGGCAAGAGGAGGUGUACUGAAAAAUGGUCCAGCUCCAGCCAUCCCUCACUUGGGUGUGAAGCCCUAUUCCUGGAACACGGAGUGUCUGAGAGGGGACGUCCAAGCCCCGGGCUGGGCUACUUCUUAUCCACAGGCUUUGGGACUGGCUGCAUCAUUCAGCUCUGAGCUGAUAGGGAGAGUAGCAAAUGCUACCGCUACUGAAGUAAGAGGCAAACAUAAUUAUUUUAUGUCUAUUGGAAACUAUGAUGACCACACUGGACUCAGCUGCUUUAGUCCUGUGAUAAAUAUCAUGCGGCAUCCCCUUUGGGGAAGAAACCAAGAAACCUAUGGAGAAGAUCCCUAUCUUAGCGGAGUUCUAGCUGCCGCUUUUGUAAAAGGACUGCAAGGAGACCAUCCUCGUUAUGUAAAAGCGAAUGCAGGCUGCAAGCACUUUGAUGUACAUGGGGGCCCUGAGAAUGUACCAGUUUCAAGAUUUAGUUUUGAUGCCAAGGUGGAGGAAAGAGACUGGAGAAUGACAUUUUUGCCUCAGUUUCAGGCUUGCAUUGAAGCUGGGACCUACAGUGUCAUGUGUAGCUACAAUAGAGUGAAUGGGGUUCCUGCUUGUGCGAAUCAAAAGCUGCUAACAGACAUCCUUCGCAAAGAAUGGGGCUUUGAAGGAUAUGUUGUCAGUGACGAGGGCGCAAUUGAAUUUAUCAUGAUGGAGCACAAUUACACCAGCAGCUUCUUGGAAACGGCAAUAGUUUCUGUCAAUUCUGGAUGUAAUUUGGAGCUAUCGGCUAAUCUGGCGGACAAUGUUUUCAUGAAAAUUAAAGACGCAGUCACAAAUGGAAAUAUCACUAUGGAGACGGUGAAAGAGCGUUUAUACCCAUUAUUCUACACUCGAAUGCGUUUGGGAGAGUUUGACCCUCCAGAUAUGAAUCCCUACAGUGCUUUAGACCUGAGUUCUGUUCAGAGCCAAGAACACCGAGACCUUGCAGUGGAAGCUGCUGUAAAGAGCUUUGUUCUGCUAAAGAAUCUUAAGGACACAUUACCACUGGAUUUCCGAAGCAUCAAAGGAAAGAAGUUUGGGGUAAUUGGCCCAUUUGCCAAUGAUCCCAAAGGACUAUUUGGAGACUAUGAACCACAUCCAGAUCCUCGGUAUAUUGUAACUCCCAGGGAUGGCAUCGCAGAGCUUCCAGUGCAAGUCAGUUUUGCAGCUGGCUGUGGAGAUGCUAAGUGUGAAACAUACUUCCCGGAUGAGAUAAAAGAGUUGGUCCAAUCUGUAGAUAUAACCAUAGUAUGCCUUGGAACUGGUGUGACUGUAGAAAGUGAGGGGCUAGAUCGAAAGAAUUUAUCUCUACCUGGCUUCCAAUCCACAUUACUCAGUGAUGCUGUAGCCGCAGCUGCAGGACGUCCUGUUAUUCUGUUGCUCUUCAAUGCUGGUCCCUUGGACAUUUCCUGGGCCAAGGAAAGUGAUGAUGUGCAUGCUAUUCUGGAGUGCUUUUUCCCUGCACAAGCAGCAGGCACAGCUAUUACUAAAGUUUUAAUAGGAACAGAAGAGGCAAAUCCUGCAGGCAGGUUGCCAGCCACAUGGCCCGCAGACCUGGAGCAGGUCCCCGCCAUGGAAAACUACACAAUGCAAGGGCGGACAUACCGGUAUUAUGGGAGCCACGUUCCUCUGUACCCAUUUGGCUAUGGGCUUUCCUACACCACGUUUCUUUAUAGUAAUUUGGAAGUCAAUCCAAGUCUUUUGUAUCUUUGUGACACUCUUCUAUUGUCUGUGACUGUGAAAAAUACCGGCCGGAGAAUGGGGGAUGAGGUGGUCCAAGUGUAUAUGAGCUGGUUGACUGCUUCUGUGCCAGUUCCUCGUUGGCAGUUGGUAGGAGUUCAACGGGUAACCAUUCCAGUAGGCAGUUCUGUAAAGGUCUCUAUAAAAGUCCUACCUAGGCAGCGAGCAGUUUGGAGUGACAACUGGAUUCUUGAGCCUGGAGAAUUUUCUCUUUAUGCUGGGGGACAGCAGCCUUAUCAAAUCACAAGUGUGCCAUCCAAUGUUCUGCAAGCUAACUUUUUAGUAGUGGGGGCUACUCGUCCUCUUAAUACUUGCUCAAGGAGCAAUUGAAUUGCCCUUUUUUCUCCACUAGGUGGAGCAACAUUAAAAGAAUUGUUACCUUGUUCCUCAUUGAUCGUUACUUGAAGACAAUAAGGCCUUAUCAAUAACUGCCUGCAUGGAAAAUGCUGCAAAUACUGUAUGUGCAUACAAAAUGAUGGUAUCCCUUCUAUCACUCCUGCCGUUAUUGUUCUUAGACAUUUAUGAUAAACGAUAAUAAGAUUUUUUUGUCCAAUCUUUUAUAAGCUUCUAUGUAUCAGGCACCAAUAACGUAGAACAUCAAUCAGUACAUACGCAAUUCAAUAAAAACACUAAGUAAUCCCACCCAUUUUAUAAAAUGUAUUUAUUUUAAAUAGAAAGAACAGUGACACAUUGUGGUAACAAUCCUAGUGUUCCUUUUAUUUUACUUGCAACUUCAUGCAUUUGAAAAUAGAAAGUUAAACUGCUUUUAACCAAGUUUAGGUGUAUACAUAUUAGCGAAGGAACCCAGAUGGCUUAUCCUAAGACCAUCUAUAAUCCACUCACUUUGUUGACCCUCAGUGUUUGCUGAGCAUGACCUAGACUUGGUGCAGGUUCCUUAGUACUAUGCUAAUGAGCAGGGCUCAAGUCCUGCGGGAACGCGUGUGAACGGAGUUCCUGCACUUUUUUUUAACAGCAGGAACGCAG